AUGGAGCCUUUUCUACCAGGGCUCGACAGUGACAGCAGUGUUGUUCCUGACACUGCUACCAAUACCGGUACAGCAUUCACAGAGAUGAACACUUCAGACCUUCAGGAAAUGAGUGAACUGCUGGCUCUUGAUACCACAUCGUCAGAAGUAAUAGACUUUAUGGCUCGAGAAUCGGGUGUUCAAAGAGACAAGACCUUUCAGGAGGCAGGUCUUUCCUUGGAGCGUUUCCCUCAGUCUUCUGAUGAGGCAGAUUUGGUUGAUAAGCUCUUGGCUGAUGAACUCGAGAAGCUAUCAUUUGAAGAGAAGGAGCGAAACACUUUUGAUUUAUAUGGAAUGGCCCAUGAGAGCAAGGACCCUGAGGAUGUUGAUGCUCUGCUAGAGCAAAUGGAGCUGGAAAUUCGAAAGAUAACUCGCCGGAAGGCCUAUGAAAAAGCCAAGUAUUUGAACGAAGAGUACGUGAUGGACAAGGACUUUCGGCUGAUGUUUCUUCGCUCUGACGACUUCGAUGCGAAGUCUUCUGCACAACGAAUUGUAAAGCAUUUUGAUGUCAAACGUGAGCUGUUUGGUGAUGGACCUCCCUUGGCCAGAAACCUACUCACAAGCGAUCUCAGUGAAGAUGACAUGAAGGUUCUCAAAUUAGGAGCCUGGCAGUUCUUGCCUGUGCGUGAUGCUGCUGGCCGUCUGGUCUUGGUGAUAUGCCCUGGCUACAGGGACCACUCUUUAGCAAUGGAUUCUUCUCUACGCAUUGAAGUAUUUUUUGCAAUGAGCUUUCUCCAAGCUGAGGAUGCGCAAAAGAAGGGGGGAAUAGUUGUGGUAAUCUGCCUUAUUGGUCAAUCACUGCUCAAUCUACAAGAGCCAUUUUUUCUCAAACUUCAGCGAUUGAAAACGCUCAGGUCAGGAGGGGUACACAAGGUGGCUGGUGUCCAUAUCCUGUUGAGCCAAGACUAUCUGCGUCCAUUGGUUGGUGGCAUUCGAUGGUUGCUGCCGGAGAAACUGAGAGCUAAAAUGCGUGUCCAUUGUGGAGACUUUGAACAGCACAAAUUUGCAUUACAGACUUUUGGAAUCCCAACGGAUUGUCUCCCAUUCCAUCCAAAUCAACCCAAAAAUCUGGAGAAUCAUCUUCAAUGGAUUUGGAGCUGGCAAAAGCAGGAAGAAAAAGGCAACAAUAUUACAGCUGAUACCAUAGUCCCCCGUCGAUUUGAUGUCCUCCUUGGACGAGGACGUUAUACCAGGAAUCACACAGGCAAUGUGAGAGCUGCACAUAUCGCGGACAUGUUUCGAGACAAAUACGAGGCUG